AUGGACGUGGAAGACACUAUGGGCGCAUUUUUGGAUCUAGUGACAGGGAAGUGCUGUCACAAAGGGGGCCAGUGGCGGAUGGCCGAGUUGGUUUGCUCGCGGAGGGGAUCCCACAUGGUUCUUGCUUCAGGGCUAGUCCUUUGAGGAGGUUCGUGGAGGCUUGCAAGUCUUGUGAUUGUCGCGAUGCCGGCAACGGGGGCUCGUAUAUCAUUGAAGGGGGCCAGCGCACUUGUCUAGUGUGGGAGGCAAGGUAGCACGCUCUAGUCUAGAGCUGGAGGAGGCUCACACCUCGCUUGUUCUACGCCUUGGAGUUUGUUCGUAAUGGGCACCGACUUAGUGCUGGAAGUACACUGGGGAGCUUGUGCAGUGGAGUCACCUUGGAGGCGAGUGACCCAUGAGCAACGCCGGGUCAUCGUGCUCGAGUUGGACCGCUUUGGCUGCGACGACGUCGAGCUAGAUCGACAUGGUGUUCGUCUGGCUUGUCAUCAUUGUGACCGAGUGGAGGAGUGGCAAGGCGAAGCAGGUGGCUUCAAGCUCUGCGGUGGAGUCACCUGGGAGGCGGACGGCCCAAGAGCAGCGCCGGGCGUUCGCGCUCAUAGUUUCACUAGUCUCUUCGAGAGUGCGCUCUCAAUGUUGUUUUGAUCCCUUUGGGAUUGGGGUAAUGUACAUAUAUGUUUAGCGAA